UUUUUUUUCUGCAGUGACUGUGCGUUAGAGUUUGGCGAAACUUGGGCAGAUUCAACUACAGCUGUUUGCAGCAAUGAAAAGUCAAUAGCUACGAGGUCAGGUCAACCGGUUCGGGCAGCAGCCAGACUAAGAUAAGGAUUAAAACCGCCUCUUACUGAAUCUUCGAAGGUCCAGUCCGAAGAUUCUCUCAUCACUUGCAUCUCUCAUCUCUUUCCUCCUCAUCUCCUCGUCUUGCCUUCCCUCCCUUCCUUCACUCUUUCAUCUUUCUUCUCCUCAAGCACCCUCGCAUCAUAUCCGACAUACAUUAUUACACAUGCCCGGAAACGCCCUCGUUCCAUCCUUGGCGACUGUGCCUAUUCCUAAAAACGGAUCCACAUUCGACAUCAUUGUCGUUGGUGCUGGUGUCCUUGGAUCUGCUUUUGCUACGGCAUUUGCAAAGCAAAACAAGCGGAUCUUGUUGCUCGAGAGAGACUUGAGCGAACCCGACCGCAUCGUUGGAGAAUUGCUACAGCCAGGAGGAUACAGGGCAUUGAAAGAGUUGGGAUUAGCGGACUGUCUGGAGGGAAUUGAUGCGGUCCCCACAUAUGGAUAUGGUGUCAUUCGUGGAUCGGAACAUGUGCACAUCCCGUACCUGACGGACGCCGAGACCGGUAAACAGGACCAGGGACGGUCUUUCCACCAUGGUCGCUUUAUUCAGAAACUUCGAGCUGCUGCCUCGCAAACACCAAAUGUCACAACUGUGGAGGCUACCGUUAACGAGAUGGUGCACGACGAUGAUGGUGUCCGUGUGAUUGGUAUUACAUGUACGCAAAAGAAGGACACAGAAUCGACAGCCGCCUCAGUCACCGCACAAUACUUUGCACCACUGACCGUUGUUGCCGAUGGAUGCUUCUCAAAGUUCCGCAAGCAGUUCAUCCAGAAGCCCGUCGAGACCACAUCGCACUUCGUAGGAUUCGUCAUGAAGGAUGUUCAACUUCCUUUCCCUAACCACGGUCACGUUAUCCUCGCCACACCCUCACCCAUUCUUAUGUAUCAGAUCUCGAGCAGGGACACUCGCAUUUUAGUCGAUGUUCCUGGCAAGCUGCCCUCGGCCAGUUCGGGCGCAUUACGGUCUUAUUUGGAAACCACGGUUCAUCCACAACUACCAGCGACGGUUCAGAAGCAGUUUAUGGUUGCACUUGAGACAGAGCGUUUGCGAUCGAUGCCCAACAGCUUCUUGCCGCCCUCAACCAGCUCAGAACUCGGAGUAAUUCUUUUAGGAGAUGCCAUGAAUAUGCGACACCCACUCACAGGAGGCGGCAUGACGGUGGCGCUGAACGACGUGGUAUACCUGAGGGAUAUGCUGAAGGGCGAUGUGACCAAGGAUCAGGAGGAGACCAUGGUGCAAAUGGAGCUGUUCUUCUGGAAGAGAAAGGAGCUGAGCGGCGUAAUCAAUGUACUUGCUCAGGCUCUGUAUGCCCUUUUCUCGGGCGCAGACGAAAACCUGAUUGUGCUUCGAGACGGCUGCUUCAGCUACUUUAAAAUGGGUGGUGAAUGUGUUGCAGGGCCCGUGGGACUUUUGUCAGGAAUUACACGUCGCCGGAUGGUACUCGUAUACCACUUUUAUGCGGUUGCGCUGCACUCGAUCUGGUUGAUGUUCCACAAGGUAACGUGGGCAGAGGUCCCGGCCACGUUCUUCAGGGCCUUCAGCGUCAUGUGGACAGCGUGCGUGGUUCUGCUGCCGGUGAUGUGGAGCGAGUGCAAGGCUUAACGAGGCACCGGACAUAUAUUUAUUAGAAGUUCGACAGAGAAGAGGACGCUUUUGCAUCAUGUACUUAUAUCCCAAAUAUCCCCAAAUAUCCCCAAAUAAUAAACGUUUACAUAAAUCAAGA